AUGCGACAUCAUAGUUCGACUACAUUAUCGUCACGUCUUGCCGUUAUUCUAACUUUGGUUCACUUUUUCACUCGACCCAUCACUGCUGUAGAGUAUAUGGAUUUCAGCUCAACAACUAAAUAUUGUUAUAGCUGCAUGUCAGAGGACUUCCUUCUCCAUUGGCCUUAUUUGGAAGAGGUUUAUUAUCGGCCAAUGAAUUUCACUGAUCAUUGCUUUAAAAUUCCGGCAAAGAUGAAUAUUGGAAUGACACCGUGCAGUAAUUCGAUGUGUGUUACGGUAAUUGAGCCGAGAAUUUUAGCAGGCCAACAUAUUGGUAACAAUAUCAUUCGAGGAUGUUUCGCCAGUGUAUUUAAAUACGGUGCGGCACCACGAGCGCAAAGCUCACCAAUUCUUGAUACGUCAUGCUCACGUAUGCCUGCACAUCGCUUACUGCCUCCACAUAUGGCAGCCCGAUCCAGCAAUCGUAGUGUGGAAUUGUGUUGGUGUGUCGGACAACUGUGUAACGACUAUCCGAGCGUUCCCAUGAAUUCAAUACGAGCUGACAGCAUUGCGACGUGGCUGCUAAUUUUAUGGAUAUCUUUGAUCACAUUAUGGGUGCAACGGUGA